AUGAGCAGAAAUAGGGAAAGAGUCAUCGAAAUAGUGGAAAAUUCUUUUUCACAGAGUGAAAAGAUUCCCCCAGAAGGCAUGCUGUUUUCCUACAGAGGUAUUUUAUACCCUGCUAUACUUAGCAGCCCAGAAACUUUGGAAGCUCUGAAAUCCUUUGAAACCAGGAGCGAAGAUGUGAUUCUAGCAGGCUAUCCUAAAACAGGAACCAACUGGCUUGGCCAAAUGGUGAGGGAGUUGGAAUCAACAGAUGCCAAAUAUACAGAAGAAGAAAUGAAAGAGAGAAUAAAUGCUGAAAAGAAGCUAGAGACAUUUUCACGUCUAGAAUUUGGAGAUCCUGGGAUAUAUGAGAGGAUGAAGAAACUGCCUUGCAGAAGAAUUAUACUAACCCAUCUGCCACCUCAUCUCCUGCCCCCGUCCAUUCUCCAAAGCAAGGCUAAGAUCCUUGUGCUAGUUCGGAACCCCAAAGACACGGCUGUCUCCUAUUACCACUUCUACAACAACAUGCCAGUGCUGCCGUCCUUCACCUCCUGGGAUGCGUACUUUGCAGCCUUCAUGAAUGGGAAAUUGGCUUGGGGAUCCUACAUUGACCACUUAGUGGAAUGGAACAAAUACAUCGACCAUGAUAGGAUCAUGAUGAUAAGCUACGAGGAACUCAAAGAGAACCAGGUACUGGCAAUGAAAAGGAUUGCUGCCUUCUUUGGAUUCUCCCUGUGUGAGGAAGAUUUUCCCAGAAUUGCCAAGAAGACCAGUUUCCAAGCUAUGAAAGAGAAAUCCAAGGAAACCCAUGGAAAGUUUGGGGACAUCCUCUUCCGGAAGGGGGUUGUUGGGAACUGGAGAGACCUCUUCUCUAAAGCUCAGAAUGAAGAAAUGGACCGAAAAUUUGAAGACUGCUUAGGAGGAACGCAGCUGGCGGCAAAGAUGAAAUAUGAUGUGUACUGCAAGGCCUGA